AUGUCUUCUAGUGGUCAUCUUUCCCAAUACAAUCCCAAGGAGGCGAUUGUCCGUGAACUCCGCGAUUACAUCUUCCGUACAGAAGAAAGAGCCAGAGCGUUCAGAUUCGCCAUUUCCUCUGCUCGUGCCAAGGAAAAUGGCGGGCAAGAGGAGAUGAACGCAGAAGGUGUAUAUGAUCUCUAUGAUUACUUGCGCUUCUGUGAUGACCUCUUGAGAUGGGCCCCGGAUGUCUCUAGUCCUGGGGAUGCACUUCUCCGAAAGCUCCUUAUCUUUUACUGGGUUUUCGAACAGCCGUCCGUUAGGAACCUGCAAACGCCUAUUCUUCCGUCUACCUCUAGUACCGACUUGUCCUGGGUCUCCUACUGGCUAGUUAACUACGCUCGUGAGAUUGGACAUUGGAUGGAUACUCUAGAGUCUGCUGCACAUGUUGAGUCGUUCUAUAACAAUCCGAUCUAUAACCAGGACAAAGACCUAUGGGAAACGCCGCCUCAUGGAACAUGGCAGUCUUUCAACGAGUUCUUCGCGCGCCGCUGGGCUGACAUUAACGUUGCUCGGCCCUUAGCCGGAGAAGGCGACGACACGAUCAUUGUCCAUGGCGCCGAUUCGAAGUUCGGCGGAAACUGGGACAUCAUUGACGGAUUCGUUAAUAUCAGAGACGGGGCUCUCAUUGCCAAGGGCAUCGACUGGCCUAUUGAUGAGCUCCUUCAGCGGGUCGGGCCGGAGUUCAACAACGGAAGCCUGAUGCAUGCGUUCUUGUCCCCGCAUGAUUAUCACCGCCAGCAUGCGCCGGUGAGCGGCAAAGUCGUCGAAGUCAAGAAUAUUCAGGAUCAGGUUUACCUGCAGGUCACCAAGAAGAGAGACGGCAAUAAACUUGUUCCGGAUAGAGGCCUUACCCGUGAUCCCGAAGAGGUUUCGCGCCGCCAGGCUAGGAAAAGGAAGGGCCUGAGAGAGCUUGAUGCUCCAGAUGAUGCUGGCUAUCAGUGGUGCCAGACCCGGGGACUUAUUAUAAUCGACACUGUUGUUUACGGAAGGGUCGCUGUGCUUCCGAUUGGCAUGGCCCAGGUCUCUUCGGUUGUGAUCACGGUACAGAAAGAUCAAUGUGUUAAGAAAGGCGACGAAAUCUCUCAUUUCCUAUUCGGGGGCUCAGAUAUUGUAAUCGUCUUCGAAAACAAGGUGAAAUAUCGUGAAGAUCUCAAGCCCAACGAGACCAAGAUCAAUGGCCAUGGGAUUGCCGAUUCAGCAUUGAAGAACGAACACUUAGGCUUGUGUGGCGUUGUCUGGCGUUUGUGGAAACGACGAGCAGACCACAACGUGAUAUAUACCGCCUCCAUCAGCUUCUGGCUCCUCCCCUCUUCUAGUACCCCGACUGCCUCUCCGGUGCUACGUGACGCUAUUCCCACUUCCUCCGACAUGGUCGGCAUCCUUCCGUUCGAUGUCGGCAUGUCAGCCACUUCUGGGGUUCUACAUGGACGCAUGCGCCUCCAAGUGCGACACGAGGCCGAGAUCCUUGCAGGAACUAAGAUGCCGCCCGUGCGGACCGCCGCCGCCGGGCCAGGUCGGGAGGUCUGCCCGGUUCAAGAGGAGAACAACAAAAGCCAGCAGGCAAGCCAUCAAUGCAAUCGCUUCUCCGUGCAAUAUCAUAUCCAUCAGCUUAAAAGAGAUUCAGCGGAAAUGCGCUUCACCAAACUCGCUGGUUCCGUCGCCGGGCUCCUGGCCCUGGCCCUGGCCCCAGUCAGCUGCGCUGAGUCUGACUUCCUCUUUCACGGCUCCUCCAUCGUCAUUUACCCGUCCGCGGUAUCAGUCCAUCCCAAGGACAGCAAGGUUGUAGGGGCCAACUUCUUCUCCUACGUCAAUCCUGACGGAUACUUCAGCUUCGGCUACCAGAUCGACUGGUUCGAGUAUACUUCGGCGGGCAACUGCACAGCCGUCCAAUGCCGCGUGCACGCCGUCAACUACCUCGUUGAGGAUCCAACAAAGCCCUUCAUUGAUUCCGACUACGUGGUCGCCGCCCUAGACCUGGGCAAUGGCGACGCCGGCCAGUUAGCCCUCAGUUACUUCGACCAGCUCCUCGGUGGCUACGCAGUCGGCUCUCGCAACGUACUGAGCGGCCACCAAGCCGACGCUCGCAACGCCGACGACUGCCACGCCGCGUUCGAGACCCUGCUGAAUAUCCAAAAGAGAUGGAACAUCCAGCUUCAUUUCUCCCUGGAGAACCCCUGCAUGAGGCCAUCGGGAAGACUUCAAUUCCCCAUGGGGGAUCUGUAA